UCUGAAGUAUUUAUCAUCCCGAAAGUAUGCCGUUAGCAAGCGACAACAAUUUUGGUUUCUACAUGUAAAAUACAUGUCAAAGUCAUUAUUUUUUGUUAAACAUUUAAAUAGGUCAUGAAAUAUAUUUUGUAUUUUUUCCAUAUUCCAUAUUUUAUAUAUGUACUUUUUGUUUUAUGUCAAAAUGUAUUUUGUAACGCAAAUGUAGAUAUUAACCAAAAUUAUAGCCCUUUUGUUUCCGCCAAAAGUCCCAAUAUAGUGUGUCCCUUGGCACUAUGGCGGCCCAGCGUGUUCAUUCCUGCCAAUUCGAGGUAUUCGGCAAGGUGCAGGGCGUCAACUUCCGGCGGCACGCCUUGCGGAAGGCCAAGACCCUGGGUCUCCGGGGAUGGUGCAUGAACUCCGGCAGGGGCACCGUGAAGGGCUACAUCGAGGGACGACCCGCCGAGAUGAACGUGAUGAAGGAGUGGCUCAGGACCACGGGCAGUCCGCAGUCCAACAUCGAGAAGGUCGAGUUUAGUUCUCAGAGGGAACGCGAUCGAUACGGCUAUACCAACUUUCACAUCAAGCCCGAUCCGAAUGAAGAGGCCCCAGAAAAUGAAGCACUAGGCAGUAGUACGAGCAACAACGACAGCUAUUAGGGGAUUUUGGCGAAACAAUAAAAAUUUAAGGUCAUAAAA